GCUUUGGCACCUUAGGGAAAAUUGAAAAUUAGUAGUUAAAAAGUUCAGCUUUUCAGCAUGGAUUCGCUGCUCCAGAAGAUCUCCGAGUUGUUUCAUAACUUCACUUCCCCCAUUGCAGCGGUGGUAUACAGUCCUAAGAAUGUAGAGAACGCAGAAGAAACCCAAACCUCUGCAAACCAAAUACCAGAAGCUUUGAGCCAGGAAACUGGGAAUCCGGAAACUGGGAAGCCGGACUCUAAACGCCCUUCACCUGAUACCACUGAACCCCUAACCUCUGGUGAUAUUCCAACCCCAGAUGUCAAGUUGCAAAAGUUCAGGGAACAAACAGCCUCACAUUUAAACUACGAGCUAGAGUUUGUUAACUUCGUAGAUCGCAACGCCCCGCAGGGUCUGUCGAAGAAGUUAAUGGAUAUAAUGCCCUAUCUGGAAGUCAGCUUUUUGUCCUGGCCAGCGUUUUGGAUUUGGCGCGGCUACAACUGGCAGUCCGCACGGAAAACGGAGAGAAUCGCUUUUUACAUUCAAAGGACCUAUCAACAGGCCAAGCUAAUGCAGUUGGCCAUCUUAGCCACUGGUCUGUUCACGAUAUCAAUGGGUCGACCUGCCGGCAUACCAAUAGAAAUGCACACUGUGCACAAUAAUCAGGAAGAAACAGAUGACAUCGGAGACUCCUCUUAG